CCGCAGAAUUUGUUCAUCUCGUUUUGGGGAUCUUGAACCCUCUAUAUCUCUAUCUUCUCCACACUCGCGGAAUUGUUGCCAUGGCUAAGAGUUCGUUCAAGAUGGAACACCCCCUUGAAAGGAGGCAGGCGGAAGCUGCUCGCAUCAGAGAAAAGUAUCCUGAUAGGAUACCGGUUAUCGUUGAAAGGGCUGAAAAGAGUGACGUUCCUGAAAUUGAUAAGAAAAAGUAUCUGGUUCCUGCUGAUCUGACUGUUGGACAGUUUGUGUAUGUUGUGAGAAAGAGAAUCAAGCUGAGCCCUGAGAAGGCCAUCUUUAUCUUCGUCAAAAACAUUUUACCUCCGACUGCUGCUAUGAUGUCUGCAAUUUAUGAGGAAAAUAAGGAUGAAGAUGGUUUCCUGUACAUGACUUACAGCGGGGAGAACACGUUCGGGAUGAUGGAAUAAUACCUAACAGCAGCCAUGUGUAUACCAACUUUCAGAAGGAAAUAAGCGACCUCGAACUAGUUAGCUCUAGUUGUAAAUUCUCCGGUUUGAAUUAUUUCUGCUGAAGUUGCUAAUGUGUAUGAUGACUAUCUUUAUGAAUACCAAAACUUGAGAACUCUGUUCAUUCCUAAUCCUAAACGGAUGAAAUUUGUAUAGUUCAAUUGGGUUUAAUCUCU